UAUCAAUAGUAUACAUCCUUUAUAAUCUGAAGACGAAUUACUUUACCGAUCAUUUGCAUCGCCCGUUCAUUUGUGCAGAUUCAGAGAAUUGAGCCCACAUCGCAAUUCAUCAUGGGAGAAAGGAAGCCAUUGAUUGAUCUCAAGUUGGAGAACCCGGAUCUCUUCCGCAAUGGCGCUUAUGUCAAUGGAGAGUGGAUCGCAGCUAAGUCCGGGAAAACGUUUGAGAUAAUCGACCCCGGCACCAACCAGGCCUUUGCAACAUGUCCCGACAUGAGCGUCGAGGACGUCGACGCCGCGGUGCAGGCCGCGGGCGAUGCAUUCGUCGCAUACCGGACAUACACGCCUCUCGCGCGGUCACUCCUCCUUUCUAAAUGGGACGCGCUGAUCCGCGAGAACAAGGAAGACAUCGCGCGCAUCCUAGUCCACGAGACAGGCAAGCCCCUCGCCGAAGCCCGCGGCGAGAUCGACUACGCCACGGGCUUCACGCGCUGGUUCGCAGGCGAAGCCGAGCGCAUCCAAGGCACCACGUACCCGGCCGCCAUCCCCGGUCGACGCAUCUUCACCCUCAAGCAGCCCAUCGGCGUCGUCGCGGCGCUCGUGCCCUGGAACUUCCCCGUCGCCAUGAUCCUGCGCAAGGCGAGCGCCGCCUUCGCCGCAGGAUGCACCAUGGUGGCGAAGCCGUCGCCCGAGACACCGCUUACGGCGCUCACGCUGGCGCAUUUGGCGGAGAAGGCGGGGUAUCCUAAGGGCGUGUUCAAUGUCCUGCCUACGACGCUGCAGAACACGCCCGCGCUGAGCGAGGCGUUGUGCAAACAUCCUGUUGUCAAGAAAGUGUCGUUUACGGGCUCGACCCGUGUGGGAAAGAUCCUCUCUGCCCAUUGCGCGGAUGGCUUGAAGAAGCUGACGCUUGAGCUGGGGGGUAAUUGUCCGGUCCUCGUCUUCGACGACGCGAAUCUGGAGCAGGCUUGCGAGGCGCUCGUACCCCUCAAAUUCCGCCACGCCGGCCAAGCCUGCAUCACAGCGAACCGCGUCUACGUGCAGCGCGGCGUGUACGACAAGUUCGCAGCCCUGCUCACGGAGAAGACGCGCGCGCUGCGCGUCGGCCACGGGCUCGAAGAAGGCGUCACCAUGGGCGCGCUCACGGUGCCGCAGGGCCUGGAGAAAGUCGCGCGCCAGGUCGAGGACGCCCAAAAGAACGGCGCCCAAGUCCUCACCGGCGGGAACCGGAUGCGGAUCAACGAUGGCAAGGGGUUCUUCUUCGAGCCGACGAUUGUCGGGAAUGCUAAUCACAGCAUGUUGAUUGCGUCUGAGGAGACGUUUGGGCCGCUGCUCGCGCUGUUCCCGUUCGAUACUGAGGAGGAGGCUGUUAAGGCUGCUAAUAAUACGAGCAUGGGUCUUGCGUCGUACUGCUUUACCAAGAACAUCGAUCGAAUCUGGCGGCUUUUCGAAAAUCUCGAAGCGGGCAUGAUUGGAUUGAAUACCGGGAAUAUGUCCUCGGCCGAAUCGCCGUUUGGCGGCAUCAAGGACUCGGGAUAUGGAAAGGAGUCCGGCAAGGACGUUGCUAUCAACGAGUAUCUGAUUACGAAAACGGGAACGCUCUCGCUUGAGGGGCAGUACUAAGUGCGGGUUCAAGGGUGAGAAAGAAAUAAUACGGCAGAAUGAUUUUCAAGAUUGACGCGGGUUUUCACGAUCUCAUAAUGUCAACAGGGAAAAGAAAAGUAUUGUUAUGUUUACUGACUGAUGGUAUUAUGACUUGAUGACAGUCUACGGGGUCAAAAUGUCUAAUUGUAACUUCAGACACAAGUACUCACUUACUCAAAUCAGUCUUUUCUGAGAUACUCAAAAUACGAUUUUAUUCUCGAA